AUAGAUAUAAAAUUGAGUCUCCACCACUAAGUUCACUCACUUCCAACGGACCACCAUAUAUAGAUAAUACAUGUAUCAGUACCCAAGAGAUGGUUGUCUUUUGGACUAGUGAAAAUGAAGGAUAAUAUAUAGAGAAUAAUCACAAUGCUUAUCCACAUCCCGAAUCCAUUUACUAGUCCACCUCCCUUUACCAAACCAGUCCAAAGAAGCCAAAAAAUUACUAUCGUAAACAACAAGACCACCAGUUGCAGUGGUCACCUUGGCAGAGGAAGCAGCGGCUGCGCCUUAGUCAUCACUAGCUUUUUUGCAGCAUGUACAGUAGCUGCCUCCGCGGCUGCUGGUGCAGCACUAGUAGUAGAAGCACCCCAACAGCAAGAUGCAGAGACCACUUUAUCUAACAUACCUCCAACUUUAUCCAGCGAGUGUGCAUCAUCAUCAGCCAAUAAGGAUUGUAAAAGGCCAAGAAUUCAAAGGCCCAAAUCGAGAAAGGCAGAAUCAUGCACUCUCAAGUGCCUCACCACUUGCAUCCGGGGAGGUGAAGGCUCCCCUGGAGAAGGCCCUCUUAAUAUUAGAAGACCUUUGGUGGUUUUCAAGGAAGGAUUUCGAAGCCGUCAAUACUGCUUGGUUGAAUGCUCGGAUAUCUGUAACCUGAUUGGAGACGGAGAUGAUGGACCUUAAAAGUUGUGAAUGACAAAAAAUAAAUUGUACUUCUACAUUCAUUAAUUAGUUUACAGUUAUCAUAUCAAAUCCUUUCGGUGCUGAUAUGUUGGCACAUGGCAUUGACAACAUAUCCAUGCUCAUUUCGAUUGUCAUAUUAGCCACUGGAAUUCUAAUUCUGUGUCGUCAUUUUUAAUUGAUUCUUUAGAUGUUAAGCUUUUUAAUUAUUAAAUUGAGACAAAAGCUUUAGAUGCUGGUGGGACUUGAA